GCGGUAAGACGGUGGAGAUGGGCGAAACCGGCGCGUGGCAGGCGGGCGGAUUCGGCAUCGACCCUGACGAACUCUCACGAAUGUCGCAUCCGGGCGACUUCGCGAAACUCCAGUCGCUGGGAGGACUAGCGGGGGUGGCGGAGCGGCUGCAGGUGGAUCCGCGGAAGGGCAUCAGCGGCACGGACGAGGACAUCGCGCGCCGCCAGCUGCACUUCGGCUCCAACACCUACCCCGAGAAGCCCGGCAAGACCUUCUGGUACUUCGUGUGGGAGGCGAUGCAGGACACGUUAGUGCAGAUCCUAUUUGUGUGUGCCAUCGCAUCCAUCGCCGUCAGCAUCCCGGCGGAGGGCUCCCUGGAGGGGCUGUAUGACGGGCUGGGCAUCUUCAUCGCUCUCUUCCUCAUCAUCACUGUCGCUGCGAUAAGCAACUACCGGCAGGCACUGCAGUUCCAGAAGCUCAACCGCGAGAAGCAAAAGAUUCAGAUCGAGGUGACGCGGUCAGGGCGGCGGUGCAAGGUGUGGAUAGACGACCUGGUGGUGGGCGACAUCAUCCACCUCUCCACCGGUGACCAUGUACCAACGGACGGGGUGGUGAUGGAGGGGCACUCGCUGGCAGUCAACGAGUCCAGCAUCACAGGGGAGUCAGAGAAUAUGCACAAGGACGAGGCCAACCCCUUCAUUCUCGCCGGCUGCACCAUCAUGGAUGGAUUCGGCGAGAUGAUGGUGACGGCAGUGGGCAUGAGGACGGAGUGGGGCAAGGUGCUAGCCACCAUCACAGAAGACAGUGACGAGCCCACGCCCCUGCAGGUGCGGCUGACCAGAGUGGCAGAGCUGCUGGGCAUCAUGGGCAUCACCGUGGGCGUGCUCAUCUUCCUCAUCCUCAGUAUAAGGUACCUGGUGACAGAUGCAGAUUUCAGCAACUUCACGGCCGAUGACGUCAGCGUGCUGCUCAGCUACUUCACCAUCGCGAUCACAGUGCUGGUCAUCGCAGUGCCUGAAGGCCUUCCCCUCGCUGUCACUCUCACUCUGGCCUUUUCAGUGACAAAGAUGAUGGAAGAUAACUCGCUGGUGCGGCACCUGCAGUCGUGUGAGACCAUGGGGUGUGCCACCACCAUCUGCAGCGACAAGACCGGCACUCUCACUCUCAACGAGAUGACGGUGGUGCAGGCGUGGGUGGCAGGCGACUUUCACAAGCCCCACACCGUCCGCACUGGCGUCUCCACACCCGUCGCUCAGCUGCUAUACCAGGCCAUCGCAGUCAACACCAGUGGAUCUGUUGAUGAGCCUCCGGGCAUGCCACCUGUCAUCAGCGGCAGUCCCACAGAAAAGGCCAUCCUCGCCUGGGGAGUCUCGUUCGGAAUGCGGUUCCAUGAGACCAAGGAUCAAUGCGAGGUCGUGGCAGUGCAGCCCUUCAGCUCUACCCGCAAGCGCAUGGGUGUGCUCAUCCGCACUGCCGACUCUCUCACCACUCCCUCCGCUACCACCACCACCACCACCACCGGCAGCAGCACCAGCAGCACAGCAACCGCGGGAAGCACCACUCUGGGCAGCCUGCGCGUGCACUGGAAGGGCGCAGCGGAGGUGGUGCUGCAGCACUGCGGGCACUAUGUGAACUCCCUUGGCAGCAUCGUGCCUCUCACCGAGCCCAAGCGCAUGGAGCUCGAGCGAGCCCUCCGCGACAUGGGAAAAGAGGCGCUGCGCACGCUGGGGUUCGCGUUUCGAGACUUUGACCAGCGCACGGGCGUGGAGGGUAUGCCGAAGAGAGAGGACGGCAGCGUGGGGGUACCGGAGGACGACUUAGUGUAUGUGGGGUUUGUGGGGAUCAAGGACCCGUGUAGGGUUGAGGUGCCGGACUCGGUGCUGCACUGCCAGAACGCGGGGAUUGUGGUGCGCAUGGUCACGGGAGACAGCGUUGAGACGGCCACGGCUAUUGCCACGGAGUGCGGGAUUCUGACCGCAGGCGGCACAGUCAUGGACGGCGCUACGUUCCGCGCCAUCCAUGAAAACGACCUCCCUGCAAAUGUUGAUCGCCUUCAGGUGCUGGCGCGCGCAUCCCCCACGGACAAGCUACAGCUGGUGCGAGCGCUCAAGGAGAUGGGGCAUGUGGUGGCCGUGACAGGCGAUGGCACCAACGACGCGCCUGCUCUGCAUGAGGCGGACAUAGGCCUGGCGAUGGGGCAGUGCGGAACAGAAGUGGCAAAGGAAAGCGCGGACAUCAUAAUUCUGGACGACAACUUUGCGUCCAUAGUGCGCACCGUGGUGUGGGGGCGCUCUGUGUUCGCCAGCAUCCAGCGCUUCCUGCAGUUCCAAAUCACCGUCAACUGCGUUGCUCUCACCCUCAACUUCAUCUCCGCCGUUGUUACCGGCGAUGCACCUCUCACGGCUGUCCAGAUGCUGUGGGUGGAUCUGAUUCAGGACACACUAGGAGCGCUCGCCCUGGCCACCGAGCCCCCCUCCGACAAGCUCCUGGACCAGCCGCCUGUGGGGCGCAGCCAGGAGCUGGUGUCCGCCGCCAUGUGGCGCAACAUCAUUGGGCAGACGGUGUACCAGCUGUCGCUGCUGUGCGUGCUGUGGUUCAAAGGCAUGGAGCUGCUGCAGCUACCCGGGCCCCCAGGGGUGCCGCGGGUGAUCGCCAAGGGCGGGGAGGAGAUAUCUGAAGGGGAGAAACAGCUCGUUACCAUAAUAUUUUCUUCAUUCGUCUUCAUGCAGAUAUUCAACCAGUUGAACUCGCGCAAGCUGGAGGAGUGGAACGUGUUUGAGGGGCUGCUGGUCAACCGCCUCUUCAUCCUCAUCGUCUCCAUCGAGCUCUCCGUGCAGGUGCUGCUGGUGGAGCUGCUGGGCCAGUUUGCAGGCUGUGUGCGCCUGACGCUGCAGCAGUGGACGCUCUGCUUCCUGCUGGGGGCUGGCUGCGUGCCCUUUGGCAUGCUCUCCAAGCUCAUUCCCCUGCCAGGUAUGCUUCACAUCGGGGACUGGGAUGCAGUGGCCGCCAUUGCUGCUGCCCACCCGUGCGUCAUCCCAUCCUUCGGCCUGCACCCAUGGUACAUCGAGUCUCGGUCGCCCCAGUGGGUGCAGCAUUUGGAGGAGCGCCUAUCAGCGCAUCCCCACGCGGCCAUGGGCGAGGUGGGUGCUGGGUUCUGGAGGGGAAGGGGGAAGGCACAUGCAGGUACGUGCACUCUCCGUCGCCCCAGUGGGUGCAGUGGGCGCAUCCCCACGCUGCCAUGGGCGAGUGGGUGCAGUGCAGCAUCUGGGGGAGCGGCUCUCGGCGUGGGGGCUGUGCACGCUGCCAUGGGCGAGGCAGGCUUGCAUCGUAGCAGGAAAGCCAGCAGCAGCAGCAGCAGCAGCAGCAGGGGAGCGGCGAUGGAGGAGCAAGUAUCUGUGAUGUGCGAGCAGCUGAAGCUGGCUCUCCGCUUUCACCGCCCCAUCGCCCUGCACUGCGUUCAGGCAUAUGGUCAUAUGCUCACAGCCCUGCAGCAGCACGGCCCAUUCCCAGCAGGAGUCAUUCUGCACUCAUUCAACGGCCCUCCAGACAUGAUUUCAGCGCUCGUCUCUCUCAACGCCUACUUCUCCUUCUCCCGCCUCUCCGCCUCCUCGCCCCCCCACAAGCUCGCGCACCUGCUGCAGCAGGAUAGUAGUGGCGAGUGGCAUGUGCAGGUCAAACAAAUAGGUGGCAGAAGCAGCACUUUUGAGUCGGUUUCAGAAUCAACUCCCCUUUUCCCUCCUGCCUUCUCCCUCCGCCCUGCCCCCAUGCAGGUGUGUGAGAUGGUGGUGAGCAGCAUGGGCAGGUCUAAGGAAGAGGUAGCAGACGCAGCAUUCGCCAAUGCUGUUCGCCUCUUCUCCUUCCCAGGCUCACGUCUUUCUUCUAUUGGGGCGUUUCAAAGAACAAAGGAGUAG